CAAAUAUUAGCUCGCCAAAUGCUAAUGAAAUAAAAAUAGAAAAUAAAAAACUGAAAGAUGCUAUUGAAAAUGAAUUCAGUUUACUACCAGGUUCUAAUUUAGAUAGUAAUGAUAAAGACAUGAAUGAUGUCAUACAUCAAAUACAAAUCCUGAAAUCAAAAGUAUUGGAAUACUAUGUAUCUAUUAAUAAACAUGAUAAGUCUAUAAUGAAUGGAGAAUUUAUUGAAAAUAAAUUCUCAAGACCAUUUUUUGAAUGGAAAAAUGAAGAAUAUAGUCAAGAAAUAUCAAAGUUGCUAAGCGGAGAGGAAGUAAUAUUAAAGACUAAUAUAACAAAAAGUGAUUCUAAUAAAAGCGCAAUCAAAUUUGAUAUGAUAGAGAUCAGAUUUAAAACAAUAGAUGAGGCAAAACAAAAUGAGAUCGAUAAUGAGCUUAAUAGAUUUAGAGUUAUUAUGGUUCACUUGGGUAACUCAUAG